AUGUCACAAGAGCAAAAGGCUGAGCAGUUCAUUGCUCAGGCCGAGAAGACCCUUCAGAAAAGUGGCCUCAUGUCAAUGUUCUCUGGAGGCAACAAGAAGGAUGAUGCCGCAGAACUAUAUACCAAGGCCGGAAAUGCGUAUAAAAUGGCAAAGAAAU